UUCCACUGACUGCAGGCAUUAUUUUUGUUCUGGACCUUCAAGUCCAGUCCCUACCCCUGGUCCUGACUACCUCUCCCUUUGCUGCAUUCAUAGCUGCUGUGUUUUUCUGUUGUUCAUCCAUUUCAGAGCUAUUCCAAUUGCCAUUGUUCUUCUGGGCCCUGACAGUCCUGUUAUAUCUACAUUCAGAAGAGUGCAGCAAAAACAAAAUUAGAAGGCACUCAUGAUGUCUUUACCAUUCUAUCAAAGACACCAUGACCAUUAUGACCGAGCAUAUCGCCAUAAAGCACUGCAGUCAACUGUAAGCCAGUACCAAAAAGAAACCAAAAGCAAAUCUGCUGUCUAUGCUCAAGGAUCUACAGCUUAUGCUAGGGGUUCUGCAGCCUAUCGCCAUGCCUCCGCAGCAGACUUCAGCCUUGAGUCUUCAGCAGCAUACAGCCGUGGCUCUUCAGCCUAUGACCUUGAGUCAGCAGCCUACAGCUAUGGAUCUACAGCCUAUGAUCACUCUGCUGCACAAAGUAAAAGAUCUGCUGCGUAUAGUCUUGACUCUGAAGCCCUCAGCAAGAGCUCAGCUGCCUAUAGUCAUGGAUCUGAAUCAAUCAACAAGCUGGCUGCAGCCUACAGGCUGGGAUCUGAAUCCUACAGUCUUGGACUGAAAGAUUCCAAUUUAAUGAUUGAAGAUCAAUCCUAUAAGAUGAGUCCCAAAGCAAAAAGAGCAAAACAGAAUUUGAUAUCUGAGGACAAAGAAAAUGAAGCCAUAGACUACUCAGUGCCUAUAUUCACAGGACGUGAAGUGGGCGUCAGUGGGAUCACAGACACAGAAGAAGAAAGAAUUAAAGAGAGUGCUGCAUAUGUUGCCAGGAGGAACCUUUUUGCAACCGGUGAAGGAGUUAGUGUCAGCAAAGUGGCCAAGUCAUCUUCUGAAGAGGAACAUCAUGAAAAAAAAUCAAGGAAAGUAGCGAUCCGGGAGUCUGCUGAACGUGUGGCCCUGAAGAAAACGCUAGAAGAAACUCAGGCAUUCCACAAAAAGCUGAAUCAAGAUAAACUUUUACAUCCUCCUGAGUUUAUUAUUGAGCCUCGUUCUCACACUGUCUGGGAAAAGCAAAAUGUCAAAUUUCGCUGUACGGUGGCUGGCUGGCCAGAACCCCGUGUUACAUGGUACAAAAACAAUGUGCCCAUCGAUGUACAAACUCACCCUGGCAAGUAUACCAUUGAAAACCGAUAUGGGCUGCACUCACUGGAGAUUAGCACGUGUGAUUUUGAUGACACUGCUCAGUACCGGGCAUCUGCUAUGAAUGUUAAAGGAGAAAUUUCAGCUUAUGCUUCCCUUGUGGUAAAGAGGUACAAAGGAGACCUUGAUGCAAGUCUUUUGCAUGCUGGAACAGUUUCCAUGCCUCUGAGCCUUGGGGUUACCCCGCAUGGCUAUGCUUCCAGGUUUGAAAUCAGCUUUGUCGACAAGUUUGAUGUAGCCUUUGGGAGGGAAGGCGAGACGAUGAGUCUGGGCUGCACAGUUGUCAUCAGUCCUGAUAUCAAGCGCUUCAAACCAGACAUCGAAUGGUACAGAAAUGGUGUUCUUAUUACACCAUCCAAAUGGGUCCAGAUGCACUGGACUGGGGAGCGAGCUUCAUUAACACUGACUCAUGCAAACAAGGAAGAUGAAGGUCUUUACACUCUACGUGUGGUGAUGGGAGAAUACUACGAAGAGUACAGUGGUUAUGUCUUUGUUCGAGAUGCUGAUGCUGAAAUCCCAGGAGCCCCUGGAGCACCGCUGGAUGUGCAGUGCUUAGAUGCCAACAAAGAUUAUGUCAUUGUUUCCUGGAAACAGCCGGCUGUUGAUGGAGGAAACCCCAUCAUUGGGUACUUCAUUGACAGGUGUGAGGUUGGCACCACCCACUGGACCCAGUGCAAUGAGACUCCCGUGAAGUUUGCCCGUUUUCCUGUCACUGGUCUGAUUGAGGGCCGCUCCUACAUCUUCCGAGUCCGAGCGGUGAACAAAGCUGGCAUUAGCCUACCGUCACGGGUGUCUGAGCCUGUGGCUGCCCUGGAUCCUGCUGACAGAGCCAGGCUUAGAAGUCACCCUUCCGCUCCCUGGACAGGACAGAUUAUUGUCACUGAGGAAGAACCUGCAGAGGGUGUUGUUCCUGGUCCACCUACAGACCUCCAAGUUAUUGAAGCCACAAAGAACUAUGUUGUGCUUAGCUGGAAACCUCCUGGACAGCGGGGCCAUGAGGGUAUCAUGUACUUUGUGGAAAAGUGCGUUGCUGGCACCGAGGAAUGGCAAAGGGUGAACACUGAAAUCCCUGUGAAGUCUCCUCGCUUUGCAGUUUUUGAUUUGGCUGAAGGCAAAUCCUACUGCUUCCGGGUUCGCUGUUGCAAUUCAGCAGGAAUUGGUGAGCCUUCAGAAGCAACUGAAGCCACUGUGGUAGAUGACAAACUUGAUAUCCCCAAACCUCCUGGCCGUAUUAUGCCAACUAGGAAUACAGACACAUCCGUUGUUGUCACUUGGACCGAACCCCCAGAUGCCAAGGAGCUGGUUGGGUACUACAUUGAGUCAAGUGUGGUUGGGUCUGGUCAUUGGGAACCAUGCAACAACAACCCAGUGAAAGGCACGAGAUUCAUUUGCCAUGGGCUCACCAAUGGCGAGAAGUACAUUUUCAGGGUCAGAGCUGUUAAUGCAGCUGGACUCAGCGAAUUUUCCCAGGAUUCAGAGCCUAUAGAGGUGCAAGCAGCGAUUGCUGCUCCAUCUCCACCUUAUGACAUCACGGUACUUGAGAGUGUUCGUGACUCGAUGGCACUAGGAUGGAAACAACCCAAAGUCACCGGGGGAACUGAAAUUACCGGCUACUACGUGAACUAUCGUGAAGUGAUUGGUGGAGUCCCUGGGAAAUGGAUGGAGGCCAACAUUAAGGCCAUCAGUGAGAGGGCAUACAGGAUACAAAACCUGAAGGAAAACAUGGUGUACCAGUUCCAGGUGGCUGCAGCAAACCUGGCUGGGGUCGGGACACCCUCCCUACCCAGCCAGCCCUUCAAAUGUGAAGAAUGGACCAUUGCUGUACCUGGGCCACCUCAUGAUGUCACAUAUACAGAAGUCAGGAAGGAUUCUUUGGUUUUAUUGUGGAAAGAGCCAGUUUAUACUGGUCGUAGUCCUAUAGCUGGUUAUUACAUUGACAUGAAGGAAACUGAAGCAAAGGAGGAACAUUGGAGAAGUGUCAAUGAGAAGCCACUUCAAAAGAAAUUCUUGAAGAUAGGUGGCCUAACAGAAGGUGUGAGCUAUGUGUUCCGUGUGCGGGCGACAAACCAGGCCGGGGUUGGGAAACCAUCGAAUACCACUGAUCCUGUUGUAGCUGAGACACGACCAGGAACUAAGGAAGUGGUGGUCGAUGUGGAUGACAAUGGAGUAAUUUCCUUGAACUUUGAAUGUGAUCAGAUGUCUCCAAACUCUAAGUUUGUUUGGUCCAAGAAUUAUGAACCAAUUGAGGAUGACUCUCGACUGGCCAUUGAUACCAAAGGCGGAAAGUCAAAAGCAACCUUUAAGGAUCUUGGAGAAGAUGACUUGGGAAUUUACUCUUGUAUUGUUACAGACACUGAUGGAGUUUCAUCAAGCUACACAAUUGAUGAAGAAGAAAUGAAACGGCUGCUUGCUCUGAGCCAUGAACACAAAUUCCCAACUGUUCCACUUGUCUCUGAGCUGGCAGUGGAAAUUUUGGAAAAAGGAGAAGUGAGGUUCUGGUUGCAAGCUGAAAAAUUGUCUGGCAAUGCGAAGGCCAACUUUGUAUUUAAUGAUAAGGAGAUUUUUAAUGGAGAGAAAUAUAAAAUGAAGGUGGACCAGAAGACUGGCCUUGUUGAAAUGAUUAUGGAUAAACUUGAGGACAAGGAUGAAGGGACUUACACUUUCCAGCUGCAAGAUGGAAAAGCAACAAAUCAAUCCAGUCUGGUGCUCAUUGGUGAUGUCUUCAAGAAGCUGCAGGAUGAAGCAGAAUUCCAGAGGAAAGAGUGGCACAGAAAACAAGGUCCUCAUUUUGUGGAUAAGCUGGGAUGGGAAGUUACCGAUGACUGUAACGUGAUGUUGAAAUGUAAGGUGGCUAAUAUUAAGAAGGAAACACACAUUGUAUGGUACAAAGAUGACAGGGAGAUAAUGGUAGAUGAAGAACAUGACUUUAAAGAUGGUGUGUGUACUCUGCUGAUAUCGGAGUUUUCUAAGAAAGACACUGGCACUUACGAAGUCAUACUGAAGGAUGACAGAGGAAAGGACACCAGUGAGCUCAAGCUUACGGACACAGCUUUUGCAGAUCUGAUGAAUGAAGUAUGCAGAAGGAUUGCUUUAUCUGCAACAGACCUGAAAAUCCAGAGCACAGCUGAGGGUAUCAGACUGUACUCCUUCGUCACCUAUUAUGUGGAGGAUCUGAGAGUAGGCUGGGUGCACAAUGACACCCAGAUUAGGUUUACAGACAGAGUGAAGACUGGUGUCACCGGGGAGCAGAUCUGGCUGCAGAUCAAUGAGCCAACUCCUCAGGACAAAGGCAAAUACACCAUGGAACUCUUUGAUGGUAAAACUGCACACAAAAAGACAGUGGAUCUUUCUGGACAAGCAUUUGAUGAAGCCUUUGCUGAGUUCCAGAGACUAAAGCAAGCUGCGAUUGCAGAGAAAAACCGUGCACGGGUGCUUGGAGGUUUGCCCGAUGUUGUCACCAUCCAGGAAGGCAAGGCACUCAAUCUGUCUUGCACUGUCUGGGGAGAUCCUACCCCAGAGGUCUCAUGGCUGAAGAAUGAAAAAUCAUUUGUAUCGGAUGCUAACUGCAUCCUGAAAUUUGAAUCUGGAAAGAACGUCAACUUCACCAUUUCUGCUGUGUCCACACUCGACUCUGGGAAGUACAGCCUCGUGGUGAAGAACAAGUAUGGCACAGAGACCAGUGAUGUCACUGUGAUUGUGAUUUCUGUGUCAGGCCAGACUGACAUGGCUAAGCAUGCUGCUAGUGUCCAAGGACAAAGUCAGAAUAACGUAACUCUGUCUAAAAAGAAAAAGGCAACUACAGCAAGCAAACAACAUAAGGAAGGGGAGAAGAAAGAUUUUAUUAAGCCACAUGUAGAUGAAAUUAUUGCCACAGAAGAGACACCUGACCCAAAAGGAAUCCCCACAGUGGAGAAAAAAAAGGAUGCAAAGAGCAACCAGAACACAGCAAAGAAGACUGAUGAAAAGGCUGCAGCAGCAGAAACAGUUCCUUAGCCCACAGAAGGCCUGGAAACAGGGAAAGAAACCACUGGGAAAAAAAAAAAAAAAAAAAAAGCCUCGAGUUAAAUCCAAUGUUCUUGAAUGAAAAGUAUGAUCUUGCUGUGAUCUUACUAUGUACUAAUACGUUUUAGCUGAGUUUUCAUGGGUGGUAGGCUAGCCAUAGUACUUUAACACCAAAGUUUGUGUUUAUUUUUAUAUGAUUUGUGAUACUUCAUAACUUUAAAUGCACAGUAGGCGUCCACUUAGGUCUCAGUAUCAGAGUGGUUGUAUUGCAGACCUUUCUAAGCACCUUGAUAACGCCCCAUGUGCUGGCAAGGUGAUUCUAAUUGCUAGAAAAUGUCCAUGAUAAACAGAGGUUGUUAGAAUGAAUCCUGUCCAGUAAAUAGCUGACUUUACUGCCCUGUAAAAGAAUGUCGGUAUCGGUUUUGUGGAUCUGUUAAUACUCGUAGGCCAAGCAUAGCUUGAGGCAGGCCCCAUUUCCUUUCUCAAAGAAACCGUACAUACGGUUCUUUUCAUGACACGUGGGCUGCACUUUUCACCGUGACCACUGAAGCCACAGGGGAAGAUCUCCAGAAGCAGAACCAUCUCCUACAGCCACAGGGAGGCCACAGGUAGGUUUUCAUUCAGUUCAGGUUUCUCUCAUCCACAUCUCUUUCAUCAGAUGGACGAUGUUUGGUAUUUCUUACCACUGAGAUUCACAUGACUGCUUUCCAGUCCUUUCUACUUCCUUAAUUCCCUCCCUGCCUUGGUGAAGUACUGUGGAUAUAGCACUAACCCAUAAAGCAUCAACUGCCCCAAAUGCACAUUUCUCUACACCAUUUUUGCUACUGAAAUCAUAUUUCUGCUUCCAAAGCCUGUCCAGACCCACUGUCCUCCUUCCCCCCAGUGACUCAGCCCAACACCAAAGCAGUCAAGCACCUCUUCUUCUCCUCCCUGGGAUCAGGCCCAGUGGCUUCCUAUGAACCACAGGAGUCAGCUACAUUUAAGUCUACAUAUAUAUAGCCCACGCAGCCUUUGUGUGUGCCUACAUAUAAGCCAAGAAUCUCUGCUUUAAGUCAUUACUGUGUUCAUUCACACAUUUAUUUAGUGAGGAUGUAAGAAAAUGCAGCCUGUGGGCAGCUCUGAUAUGUUGGAGGACGAAGAGUUCAACCUGAAAGAUCAAUAAAGGAAAGGCCAGAAUUUCUUUUGUUAAUAUGCAACCUGCAUUCAACUUCUAAGUCACCAGAAAUUAUUAAGUACAAGAAAUAAAAAUAUUUUAAUUACCAGAAAAAUAUGUUUAUUGAUUUCAAUUCUUGGAAGGCUCAGUCAUAUUAUAUUGGCUAUCUCCAGAUGUAUUGCUGAUGGAAGGUUGCUAAACCCUGGAGAUACUUCUAGGGUGUUAGAUCUACGACAGAAGUGGAUAUACUGAAAACAUGAGAAAUACCAGUUUCUAGUCCAUCUUUAUAGAAUUGUUAGGGUGAAAAAGAAAAACAAAGAAUCUUAUAUUGGCUUAAAUAUUGACUGCUACACCCUACCCUGCCCCCCCCCCCCAAAAAAAAAAAAGAGAAAAAAAGUAAAAAAAAAAAAAGUAGUAGAAAGUUAAAAUCUAGUACAAUUAAAAUGAUCCUGCUAGACUUAGCUACUGUUUAACACAGAGCUUUAUUCACUAUUACAUUGCAUCUUGUUCUUCAUCUAUGUAUCAUAGUUUAAAUUAGCAAAAGACUGGAGCAGCAUGGCAGGGAACUACCCAAAUGUAGGUCUCGUACAGGAAGGAGCAUUUCCAAGCUAGGAGACACUUUAAAUUAGAACCUUACGUGCAUGUAGGUGCUCAUGCAGUUGUUACAGAAGUUGAUAAAUAUCUACAGAUGUAUGAUUACAUCACGCUGCCAGAGAGUUACAGUCUGGCCUUUCAAAAUGUUCCACAGCUGCAGGUUGUUUCACAUGACUCUUAACUCUCUUUGCCAUGGUUAUUAUUUCAGCCUGAUUUACCUAACUAAAAAUCCAUCACUUCUUACAGUCCUUUUGGGUUGCAAGUCUGUCUCUCUCUCGCACAGCCAUCAAUGGCAGUGUAUAAGUUAUAAAUAGAACAGAUUCUACCACUCAGAGCCUGGUCCAAUUCCUGCAGAAUUCCUGCCAGGGCUUUUUUCAUGUGUUUUAAUGGAAAACAAGCCAGAACUUAGAAGAACACUGAAACAGUACCAAACCUCAGAUAAUGAAGCCCACUUUACUCCCUGUGAAGCCAAGGGUGGAUCCUUUUGCUCUUAUUUUAGCAGAAUCAGGUCUUAGCUUUUUGUUGAAAGAAAAAUCAGAAUUCUCCUGAUAUUUCAAUUCAUUUUUUUUUAACUCUAAAUAAAAAGGGAUCAGAAUGUGGUUUGAUUUUUUUUUUUUAAAUUUGGAUGGUUCCUCAAAAAGCUGGAAAUGCAG